GAACGGGGUCAUGGCCUCCUGGUUCAGCUGGAAUGAGCCUUACUGCCGGAGCCCCCGCAGGGACCCGGCGGACGUGGUCACCGACACGCUGAUGGUGGAGUUCAGCUGGCAGCUGAAGGAGGCGGAGAGGCAGCAGAGGGAGCGGGAGAACGAGUACCGCCGCCUGAAGACCGGGGUGGACUACAGCUGGCUGGCCAGCACGCCGCGGCCUUCCUACAGCAUCAGCACCGGCGAGCGGCUGGGCCUGGAGGACCUCUGCUCCAAGGUGCCGCCGUCCUGCUGCGGCCUGGUCAUACUCAAGUUCAGGGAGGUCCUGCAGGCCAACGAGCCCGAGGUGAACGAGGUGUCCGGCCUUUUCCGCUCCGUCCUGCUGGAGGCCCUGGACCACCUGAAAGAGGAGGAGGAGGCGGAGCGGCUCGCCCGCCAGUGGAACAACAAGCGCGCCAUGAGCCUCUCCCUCAUGAACUUGAGGUCUCGCAUCAAGAUCAACCCGUUCGGCAGCACGGUGGGCCUGACGUCCGCCGCCGCCGAGGCCGCGGGGAUGAGCGACCUCAAAACGGUGUCGGAGGACGUGGAGAAAGGGAAGGACAGGGAGCAGAGGGUGUGGAGCAUGCCCGACUUCAGAUACAAAGGAGCUGACAGGAGUAAGGUGGUCUGA